GUGUUGGCCAUUACGUGCGCUUCUUACAGAAAUACGUCGGCAAUCGUUCGCAACACAAAAAGUAGCCGCGCAACCGAUAACGUUCCUCCGAUUAUUCUGUACGAAGAUAAACGUGCGACUCUCUACGUUGGAGCAACUCGACGGCAGUCGUGAGCCAAGCGCGAGUCGUGAAGGCCAUCGUUGAAUGCGUGUGUGUCAUGGUCUUCCUCUUAUAUAAGUGCCGUCAUCACAGAAUUACACGACAGUGUCAGUGCGUUCGUUCACCACGAAGCGAACAGUCGCAUGGUAGAUAAACGCUCUCUGCUGUAUCGUGUAAUUGAGACUUCCGCUGCCUACUCGAUACAAAAUUUACAGAGCUAAAUGUAACAGUGUAAAGUGCAAUGAUUUUACUUAUUUCUUUAUUUACAUUUGUAUCAGCUCUACAGACUCAAUGAGAAAGAUUGUUUUAAGAAAACUGUUUUAUGAGUGCCAUUGGAUCGAUUGAGAUAUUCUGCAAUGACGUGUUAUUGCAACGUGUUACUUGAAUUGCGUUACCUGCGAUAACGCGAAUUUUAUUACUUGAGAUAACGAAUAUAACGUCGUGUUGUAUUACACAAUUCCUGAGGCCAAUAUAACUCGCGUUGGGAACGCCAUAAAAAUGAGUGGAAACGGACAGAAUAGAAACAUCUUUACGUACGACACGCUGGUGCACGCGAUAUCCGGUGCAGUGGGUAGCGUCGUCGCGAUGGCAGCCUUUUAUCCUUUAGAUACUGUGCGAAGCCGUUUACAAUUGGAAGAAGGACGUCAAUCAAAAAAUACAUUGGCUGUUAUACGAGAACUCAUUGCGAAAGAAGGACCAUAUACCCUGUACAGAGGUAUCGUCCCUGUUCUACAAAGCUUAUGUGCGAGUAACUUUGUUUAUUUCUACACAUUCCACGGCUUAAAAGAACUGAGAAGCAAAAGGAAUCAAACAGCUGGUAGUGACUUGCUUCUCGCGUCAAUCGCUGGUGUUAUCAAUGUCCUCAUCACGACACCUCUAUGGGUUGUGAACACGAGAUUGAAGAUGAGGGGCGUUGGAUUAACUCUAGAAAGAAAUAACAACGAAUAUGCUACUCUGUAUGAUGGUCUCGUGCACAUAUGGAAGUAUGAAGGUUUGAGACAGCUAUGGGCGGGAACGUUGCCGAGUCUUGUACUUGUUACGAAUCCGGCCAUCCAAUUUAUGACAUAUGAGAGCAUUAAGAGAAGAGUUUUGGCGUCUUUUGGGGAUGUUCAACCACCGGCAUGGAUUUUCUUCAUUAUAGGAGCGAUAGCGAAAGCGGUUGCCACGGUGAUGACAUAUCCUUUACAACUUGUGCAAACGAAGUUGAGGCAUGGCUAUAAAUAUCCUAAUCUACCCCCAGACGCAGGCACGUUGCAAAUACUAUUUUACAUUCUGAAGAAACAAGGAAUAAGUGGCUUAUUUAAAGGCAUGGAGGCAAAACUUUUGCAGACUAUCCUCACUGCCGCUUUGAUGUUCCUAGCUUACGAGAAAAUUGCACGAUUUGUUUUCCGAAUACUUUUGCAUAAACCUAAUCUCAGAUAACGAUUCGUUCCCAGUAUUACGAAAUAACCUUGAGUCUCAAAUCUUAAAUAAAAAAUUUUGUA